AUGAACGUCCCCCGCAUUGAUAACCCUUCAGAUAGCUCGAGUUUCGCAGCUUCAGAACUGUAUCUUGUAGACCUGGGGGAGUUUGACAAUCUCGACUUAUUGGAUGACUUCCAUCAGUUCGGCAAUAUGGACGCCUCAGACAUGUUCCUUGGUGACAGGGAUAGCUGCCUCGUAAAGAAUGGAUCGAAAAUGAUCAGUGAUGUCGAAAUCUCUACCAUAGAUCAACCGGCAACAUCCACAUCCACAGAUUCAGAGCUAUCGGCCGAAUCUAGCACGAAGAUGCGUCGCCGAGCGCAAAACCGCGCAUCCCAGCGUGCUUUUCGUGAACGCAAAGAGAAGCACCUCCGCAGUUUGAAGUCAACUUUAGAAGAUCUUGGCGAGAAGCAUCAGAGGCUGCUCGUCUCAUAUUCGCAGCAAUCCGAAGUGGUGAUGAGGUUGAAGGGGCGCGUCGCAGACCUCCACGCACAGAUUGCAGCUUUCUCGGCUUACUCUGAACAAGACAUGGCCAACUUGAUUUUUCGAGUCCAAAGGCCCCGUACUCCGGAUUUCCAGCAAUUUGACGCUUUUUCAUUCUCAUCAACAUCCGCCCAGCCUACCCGUCGCAGGAUCUUUUCUCAGAGCCUAGCCUCGGACGGGAAUGGACUUGACAAACUGCCUUCGCUGGAAGCAAGUAAUCUCCCAGAAUUUGAAGACCUGCUGAACCUACCGUAA